GUUCAUCCCGAAGUGUCUGUGAGCUGCUGGCUGGCAUUAUGAGUGAAGAAAAUGAAAGCUUUUAUUUGAACAAGUCAGUGACCGAGAUGGAGCUCUUCCAAAACCUCGUGGACAUAGACGUGACCGCAGACCGGACCCCGCUUCUGAGAUUCUUCAUUUGUCUUGUGUAUUCGGUUGUUUGCGCUGCGGGUCUGAUCGGCAACCUGCUGGUCCUCUUCUUCAUCAGGGUCAAACAAGAGAGGAAGAAGUCCAGAGUGAACUUUUUCGUGUUCAAUUUGGCCGUUACGGACCUGCAGUUUGUUCUCACCCUGCCCUUCUGGGCCGUGGACACCGCGCUGGACUUCAGCUGGCCUUUUGGAUACGCAAUGUGCAAAAUCAUCCUGUCCGUCACCGUGAUGAACAUGUACGCCAGCGUGUUUUUCCUCACCGCCAUGAGCGUGACCCGCUACUGGUCGGUCGCUUCUGCCCUGAAGAACAGAACCGCGCGGAGAUCUUGCUCCGCCAAAUGGGUCUGCGCAAUUAUUUGGACACUGGCGACUCUGGCGACUGCGCCCACGUCGAUUUUCUCAACAGUCACCAGCGUAACUGGAGAAAAACUGUGUCUGCUGAGGUUUCCAGGUGGACAGUACUGGUUAGCACUCUACCACAUACAGAAAAUCGUAAUAGGCUUUGUUUUGCCCAUGUCAAUCGUGUCCAUCAGCUACAUCAUGCUGCUGCGCUUCAUCCGCAAACGGAGUAUGAAAACCAGCAACCCCAAACGCAGAUCCCAAGUUACAAAAUCUAUCACCAUCGUCGUGCUGUGCUUCUUUCUUUGCUGGAUGCCAAAUCAUGCCAUGACCUUGUGGAGCGUACUGGUCAAACUGAACGCUGCAAACUGGGAUAACGCGUACUACACGGUUCAUACGUAUGUGUUCCCACUGACCGUGUGUCUGGCGCACACCAACAGCUGCCUUAACCCAAUCAUUUACUGCCUAAUGAGAAAAGAGUUUAGGACCAAACUGAGAGGUCUGAUACACAGAGGAUAGUGGGUGUUUUGUCGAGUCCUGCCGAUGAUUUUACGCAGCGCGAAAGGUGUUGGCAGACAAUGACGCGCUUAAUGCGCACGCAGAAAACGAGCCAAGACACCCAGAAUGAGCAAUCAGGCCGAGCAACAUCGUGUCAAGACUCAGUUCAGCUCAUGAAAAAAAAAGAAAGAAAGAAACUUUUAAUUUUGAUGAGUGUUUCUUGAUUUUAAAGUCUACUACUCCAUCUACUAUUUUAAAGCGUAAUGUGGCUGAAUCGUUUAGCUUGUAGGGCUGGGCUCUAUAGAAUCACCUAUUUUGUGUAAAAACUAGUCCAAAUAUCAACAUUGUGGCACAACAGCUGUUCAAAAUGAUCUAUGAUGUUUGUGAGUGUCUCUAGUUCAAAGUCCGCGCGUAAUUGCGCAUGACAAUACGCUUAGGUGUGCUGGUGGUGUUACUGCACAGUGAGUGGCUAAACGCCUUUUACAUCCUUCGGUGAAUGUCUUGGCAAAUACUGUUAACAGCGUACACACAACCGCACUUAAAGGCUUCACCGGCUUGAAGCAAAGAGGUGAAAGUUGCAGGUCACGUGUUUUAUUUUCUUUUUUUUUAGACAUAAAUCAUUUACAGGUGCAAAGAGACACAAAAGACAAACUGAAAUAUGAUUGUUGUAAAUACCGAGAAAAAUGUAUCUACUCUUUGUGUGUGUGAUAAUAAAAUUGUUCUUCAGUUGUCACGUGGGUCAGUUGUCCUCACAACUAAUGAAACGGGUGAUCUGAUUAGCAGGUGUUUACCGGUUUGACUCAUGAGCAGCUGAUGUG